AUGUCUUCUUUGAUCAAGAAGCUCUCCAACCUUAGCACCAAGUCCAAGUCUUCCAACGCCUCGUCCAACAAAGAGACCGCCGCUCCCGCCAAGAUGUCCAAGAUCGCCAUUGUUGUCUUUUCGCUUUAUGGUCACGUCGCUAAGAUCUCCGAGUCUGUAGCUGAGGGCAUUCGCGCCACCGGCGUCACGCCCGACAUCUACCAGUUUGAAGAGACGCUCAGCGGCGAAGUCCUGUCCAAGAUGCACGCCAACAAGGCUCCUACCGAGUCUCUGCCCGUCAUCACCCCCGAGAAGCUCAAGGAGUACGAUGGCUUCAUCUUUGGCUUCCCUACCCGUUUCGGCCGCGCUCCUGCUCAGGUCUCGGCCUUCUUCGACAAGACUGGUGGUCUUUGGGCCAGCGGUGCCCUGGUCGGCAAGUUCGGUGCCACUUUCACCUCGACCGCUUCACAGCACGGCGGUAACGAGACCACGCACCUCACCACUAUCCCCUUCUUCGUCCACCAGGGCGUUAACUACGUGCCCCACGGUUAUCGCAGUUUCCCUGACCAGACUAACCUCGAGCAGAUCCACGGUGCUUCGCCUUACGGUGCUGGUACCAUUGCCGCCGGUGACGGCAGCCGCCAGCCCAUCGACCUUGACUUCAAGAUCGCCAGGGCUCAGGGUGAGCACUUUGCCAACGUCGUCAACACCUUCGUCAAGGGCAAGUCUGCUUAA